AUGGUGUCCAGCACCUUUUUUCUCCUGUGUUUGAUUGGGCUCAGCCACGAGGGCACACAGAAGGUUUUUAAAGGCACGGAGUGUAUCCCUCACUCUCAGCUUUGGCAGGAGGGGCUGUUUGAAGGUACACAGCUGCGCUGUGGGGGAGUCCUCAUCGACCACAGGUGGGUUCUCACAGCUGCUCGCUGCAGCAACAGCAGGUACUGGCUGAGCCUGGGGGAACACAGCCUCAGCCAGAUGGACUGGACCAAACAGAUCCGGCACAGUGGCCUCUCUGUGACCCACCCUGGCUACCAGGCAGCCCUGCAGAACCAAGACAAUGACCUCCGGCUUCUGCAACUGGGCAUCCCUGUUCUCUUGACCCGCAGCAUCCGGCCCCUGCCCCUGCCCACGACCUGUGCAGUGGCUGGCACCAGGUGCCACAUCUCGGGCUGGGGCACCACCAACCACACAAGGAACCAGUUGUCAGACCGACUCCAAUGCCUUAACCUCUCUAUGGUCUCUAACGCCACCUGCCGGGCAGCGUUCCCCGGGAGAAUCACGGACAACAUGGUGUGUGCUGGCGGCAUCGCUGGGGAGGAUGCCUGCCAGAGUGACUCUGGGGGUCCCCUAGUAUGCGGAGGAGUCCUUCAGGGUCUGGUGUCCUGGGGAUCCGUGGAGCCUUGUGGGCAAGAAGGAAUCCCAGGGGUCUACACCAAUAUUUGCAAAUACGUGGACUGGAUCUGGAUGGUCAUGAGGAACAGCUGACCUGCUCCCUCCACCUUCAUGCCUCAGCUUGGGGGCCACUCUGACCCUCAGAGCGCCAAUACCUCCUCCAUCAUCACCCCCAGCUCCCACUCUUCUUGGACUGGGGAUCUUCUUCCUGGAACUCCAACUCCAGCCAGCCCUUC